AUGAAACUCAAACCAACGUUCGCUUCCUCUUCUUUCCAUCCCACUGAGAUGCAUUUGAUUUGGUGGAUCCUUUACUUCUUUGUUCUUCCACAUCUUCUUCAUUUAAUCAAUGCCCAAUUUUAUAAUGUUGAUGAUAAUCCAUCUGCCAGCAUCUCAACUUCAUGGAUAAUUAACACCCCCGAUGAUUCUUCUUUCUUUUCAGACGGGUCAUAUACAGAACCCAUCCUCACUGUCACGGGAAGCUCUGGCUUACAGUUCGGAUGUGGUUUCUUCUGUAACGGAACCUGUGUCUCUUUCCUCUUCGCCAUUUUUUUUCUUAGCAAAGUGGAUCCUAGUGUCCCUCAAGUAGUUUGGUCUGCCAACAGAAACUAUCCAGUCCUAGAAAAAUCAACGUUGCAGCUCACAUCUGUUGGAGAUUUGGUCUUGAAAGAUGUUGAUGGAAGCAUUGUUUGGUCGACUAAUACUAGUGGCAAAUCUGUUGCUGGUCUAAACUUGACUGAUACGGGCAACCUAUUGCUUUUUGAUAAUCAAAAUGCAACUGUUUGGCAAUCCUUUGAUCACCCAACUGAUUGCUUGCUUCUUGGCCAAAAGUUGAUGGAGGGGCAGAAACUCACUCCCAGUGUUUCUCCUACAAAUUGGACAGAAACAGGGUUCUUUUCACUUUCUGUCACUGCAAAAGGAUUGUUUGCUUCCGUAGAGUCCAAUCCUCCACAAGUGUAUUAUCAACUUGGAGGACACGGUACCAAAAUGAAUAAAGAACCAACCUAUGUUAGAUUUCUGAAUGGAAGCUUAGCUUUGUUCUUGAAUUCUUCUAAACCAGAUGAUCAGAUUUAUGGUAUUCCCAAGGCUUCAUCAGCACAAUACAUGAGGUUUGGCUCUGAUGGGCAUUUGAGGGCUUAUGCGUGGAACUGGGCAGAAGGGUGGACAGAGGUUGGCGAUGUAUUGACUGGGUCUUAUGGUGAUUGUUCUUACCCGACAGUAUGUGGGAGUUAUGGCAUCUGCUCGAAUGGGCAAUGUAGUUGUCCUCCACAAGAUAUCAACGGAAAAAAGUAUUUCGAGCAAGUAAAUUAUAGGCAGCCCAAUCUGGGGUGUCGUGAGAUUACUCCCUUGUCUUGUGAAGCGUCCCAAAAUCACACUUUUCUAGAGCUCAAAGACACAAUCUACUUCCCUUUCUUCAUGAGCUUUGCCAAUUUCACUUGGAACGGUUGCAAUGCCAGUCUCACUCCCAAGAGUUGCAAGACAAAUGUCACUUUAGAGAGUUGCAAGGUGCUCUGUUUGAAAAAUUGUUCAUGCAAAGCUGUUUAUUUCCAGUACGACUCACAUCCUGCUACUGGUAAUUGUUACAUGCCAUCCAAGAUAUUUUCAUUGAUGAACAAUGACGAGGGAUAUCUUUACAACUCUACUGUUUAUGUUAAGGUGCAAAACAUCUCAAAUAUACACAAUUUCCCAACUACAGUUCCUAGAAAAAAGAAGACUAGUCAAGUGCCAAUGAUAUUAGGGUCUAGCAUUGGAUCUUUCGUUGGUCUGUUUAUUUUGAUUGGAAUCUUAAUGUUGCUAGUUUGGAAGAAAGGAAAAGCAGAUGAAGUUGAAGAAGAUUAUUUAGAUCAAGUGCCAGGAAUGCUCACUCGAUUCUUAUAUGAAAAUUUAAAAGCCAUGACUGGAAAUUUUUGUAAGGUGCUUGGUGAGGGAGGAUUUGGCUCGGUUUUUGAAGGGACUCUAGCUGAUGGCACCAAAAUUGCAGUUAAGCAACUCAAUGGUAAAGGCCAAGUCAAUAAAUCGUUCCUCACGGAGGUUGAGGCAAUUGGCAGCAUUCAUCAUGUGAACUUGAGCAAAGUUGUGACAACAAUGAGAGGCACUCCAGGCUAUCUAGCUCCAGAAUGGCUGAAUUCAGCGAUCACUGAAAAAGUGGACACCUAUAGCUUCGGAGUUGUUACCUUGGAAAUAGUUUGCGAACGGAGAAAUUUCGAUCGCUCUCAGCCUGAGGAACAGAUGCAUUUACUAAGUCAUUUCGAGAAAAUGGCAGAGGAGAAUCGAUUGUUGGAUUUGGUUGAUAAUUCGCAAAACCAUGAGGCAGAAAAAUUGAAAACUCUGAAGGUUGCUGCAUGGUGUUUGCAAAGGGAUCAUGCAAAGAGGCCUCGUAUGUCAGUGGUCGUUAAUGUCCUGGAAGGUGUUAACGAAGUUGAAAAUAAUAUAGAAUACCACAACUUGUUCAAUCCAACAUCAACAAGAAUGUCGCCAGAAGGUACUCCAUUGCUGCCUUCUAUUCUAUCUGCACCAAGCCUUCAUGUUUCUUUCCCAAUGACUCUGGAGAUGUUAGACUUGACCUUGCCAGAGUGUAUUGCAUAA